CUGGAUUUACUCGACUUCCGGUUGCGGAACAACAUGAGAGGUUUCCCCGCAUCGGCGGAGACAGACGGAGCAAAAUAACAAAGACACGGGAGAAAUGUCCGCGUUUGAGGGCAGAUUUCAAUCUUACACCGCCACACAGCUGAAUGAAUUACUGGAGGACGAUGACAAACUCCGUCAGAUUGUCAAGGAAAUGGAUGAGAUGCAGGACAUGCAGCAGAAUAAAGAGCUGACGAUUGCCAGUAAUCGCAGUCUGGCAGAACAGAAUCUCAGUCUGCAACCUGAACUGGAUCAUCAAAAGAUUCAGUUGACCAAAAGCUACUGCUGUUUACAAGAGCUUUAUGAUUCUUACCAGCUUCGCAAGUCCACACUAGGAAGCAGUUCAUUAGACACGUUGUUGGCUCUUUUGCAAACCGAGGGAGCAAAGAUCGAAGAAGAAACAGAGAACAUGGCCGAUUCUUUUUUGGAUGGAGCCUUGACUCUGGAUGGCUUCAUUGAUGACUACCAAAACAAGAGAAAGCUGGCUCAUCUGAGGCGGGUGAAGAUCGAUAAGCUACGGGAGAUGGUGCUAAAGGGCGUUCAGCUUCCUCAGAGUUCCUCUAUGGAUCCUUCACAUCCUCAGGAAGCCCCUAACUCCUCUUUCCAAGGGCUUGCUAAUGGUUCUCCAGCCCAUGGAAGACCCACACCGACAUCUCAACCAUCAGGGCAGCCCCCACCAUCGUCCUACGCAGAUGCUCGCAAUCCUUACAUCCCUCAGAGCGCCGGUGGUGUCCCCCUGCCAAACAUGGUACCUUCAUAUUCAUGUCCAUACCCACAAGCCCUCUCUCAAGGACCCGGUGCUGGUCUUCCUCCACAGGCAGGGUUUAUAUUGCAAUGAUGGUCUUAGUUUUAACCCUUUCAAUGUGAAAUGUGAUGUUUUUCUUUAAAUGCACUUUCAUCCUUUCCACAAUUUUUCUCCCAGAAACUGAUCUGCAGAUUCCAUCUGGACCUGCUAAGUAGUUAACAAUGUAAUUUUAAUUUUAACAUUUGGUUGAAUAAGGGGUGGAUCACACAGAAUAGUCUUCUAUGGGCAGUUAGCGUUAUGCAUGCUGUUAAUGCAUGCCGAACGCCUUGC